GUUAGACGAUCAAUGAACAUUACCUACCUAAGGUACUACUAUACUAUGUCCGUCCUCUCCGUAGGUAGCGAGAUUAUCGAGAGUCCAGAUCAUGCGAAAAUAUGCACACUAGUCCUAACACAGCUAGUCUGACAGGUUGGAAAUUAAAAUCCACGGCCUUCUAUUUAUAUCCACGCACUCACCGCGUUGCCUCUCUUCAUCGUUUGCUUGCUGCCUUCUUUCUUGCUUUUCACUCACUUGGCCGCUCGUCAUCUCCCUAUUUCUACCUAAUUCCCACUCCACUUUGUAUACCUCUUCUUUUUCUUCCUUUUUCUUUCUCUCUCUCUCUCUCUCCCCCUCCCCCCCUUCCCCCCCUCUCUUCUUUCUUUUAGUUUGAAGCGACCGUUAUUUGUAUUCAUCUGUUGCCAGCCAUGGCAAGCCCAACAUCAUCUGGCUACUCGAUCAACGUCAAUGACCCCAGCCUGAUUUCACUGGUCAAUAAGCUGCAGGAUGUGUUCGCGACCGUCGGUGU